AUGAGUUCGGCAACAAAAGGGGCGCUACCCUUACAACAACAGCAAACAUCAUGUUCCACAAACAACAGUGCACAGUGGGCAACCCGUUCUUCAUCAACCAGUAAUUCGAAUAACAACAAUGCCACAAAUAAUUUUACGUCGACAACGUCAUCUCAACAGCAACAACACAUUCGUUCAGAUUUAUUACCUACACAAGAACAAAUUCGUUUAGCUCAAUUAAUUGAGGAUAAAAAACAUGAUCAUCCAGAUGUUCAAGAUACGGUAGAAAAAAUUUUGAAUGUUGUAGAGAAUUCAACACAAGAAGACGCCCUCAUCGCUUUGCAUGAUUCUGAUUAUGACGUACAAAAAGCCGUAGCAUUAUUAAUUGAAAAAGGACACGAUGUGGCCAGUGAGUGGCAUACAGCUGGAUCAAAAAAGAACAAAAACACAAAAAUGAAUAAUGGGACAGGCGCAGGUGAUCAGAAUAACGGUACAUCAUCAACGCCAAAUGACAUCCAAGAAAAUUCACAAGAUAACCGUCAAAUAAUUACAAAAAAUCAGAACACUUCAACACGUCCAAAGCGUUCACAACGCGGAGAACAACAACCAAAUUCUGAUUUCCCUGCCGGUGAUACUAAUAGCAACAAUAAUUUUUAUAAUAAUAAUAAUUAUUAUCCACGAUAUCAGAAUAGACCAAAUUAUCCUCAUUACGGGAAUAAUGGUACUUUAACUAGACCACCAAGAUAUAAUAAUGAUGCCGGAAGAUAUUCAGGACGAUUACGUCGUGGCGAUGGUAUGAGACGGGGUGGCGUCGGUGGUUCAUCUCGUUACUACGGUAGUCAACGAGGAAAUAGACGAGGGGGCGGUCGAUAUUAUAAUUCGAAUAAUAUGAACAACGAAAAUAAUGUAGAUGGUGAAAAUACGGGUGCUGAUGAUUACGUUGAUUCUCAAAGUUCAGAUAUACUUCAUCCAGUGAAUAAUCAUAUUGAUCAAAAUAGUAAUCCAUCGACGCACGAUUCAGCUAUGGAAGUGGGAACAUGGAAUAAUAAUGAACAACAGCAACCACAAAAAAGACCGCCAAUACAAGGCAGUAAUGGUCAAGAAAUAUUUGAUGUGGGAAAUUGGAACGGAGAAACAAUUGUAUAUGAGAGAGGAGGAGGAAAUCAAGGACAAGCACGAAAAGCAGUGCAAAAUGAGCCAGAUUUAAAUAAUGAACAGCAACAACAUCAACAGAUUGAUUUGAAUGUACAUAAUCAGCAGCGACAUCAAAGAUUUAAUGAGCAAACGAAUAUGAUAGCCCCAAAUGGUCAGUUCGAUCGUGUCGAAGCUGAACGUCAAAUCAAAAAUGCUAUUGGUAUCCCACAAAAGCCUCCACAAUCGGCACCUCAAAAUAUGAUGAAAGCACCGAUAAAUUUAAUGGACUCAUUACAACAAUCUAAGCAACAACCGUACUCGUCUUAUGAAUCAUCACAGCAAGGUAAUAGUUUUGAUGAUUCCUCUUCUACGAAUUUACAUCCUUCUCAGCAAAAAUUAGAUCAAUUAUCACAAUCGGUUGUAGUAGGUAUUGUCGCUGACGCAGUGAAAAAAAAUCAACAACACCAAAAUCAAGUUCAACAACAAAAAGUUCUGCAGCCGAUUUCCACACCACCCACAAAUUCCUCACGCAUUCCACAAGUACCAGUGAUUAUGCCUGAUCAUUUUGAUUCAACAGUGGAAAAAAUUGAUGUACAAUUCGGAAAUUUAGAAUUCGAUGAAAAUUUGCAUCAUCCACCACCUCAGUACCAAUAUUUAGCUCAACAAUAUUCGACCUCCAUAAAUUCUCAGCCACAGAUCGUUUACAGUCCAGUCAAACAAAUGGCGAUUGAUCAUCAACAACAGCAAGCACCAUCUUCACAGCAACAGUUAACCUCUCCGUCCAAUUCAGCUCAACCAAGAACAAAUCCUAAUGUAACAAAUCAUGAACAGCAACAACAAUCGACUUAUUCUGGUGUUGUGAGAGUAUCGCCAAGACGAGUAUCCGAAAAUAUUCAACAGUCAUCAAUGAUUAAUCAACAGCCACCACAACAAUCGAGGUUAACGCAACAACCUCAACAAAUGAAAACAAAUUCAUCUCAAUUACAACAUAAUAACAGUAUGAAUUUUUUGUUUAUGCCACAGCAAACUCUUCAAGAGACAUCUAAUCUAGAUCAAUCAUCCUAUGAUCCUACUCCAUUUCCCAUAAUCGAUUAUACGAAUGCUGGUCCUUAUAUGAUGAGUUUGAAUCAACGUUAUAUUAUAAGUCAAGCACAACAGCAGCCGCAACAAUCAUCGCUAUCUAAUCGGGCUCAACAGUUGAGUAGUAGUCAACAAACUUCAUCACUACAACAACCUCAAACAUCGGCAGCAUCUGCAAACUUCACAUCAACCAAACAACAGUCACAAUCACAACAAUCACAAAAUCAACAACUAAAUAAGACUCCAAGUAUUCCACCUGGUAUUAGUUUGCCUCCAACAGCGUAUCAAAUGCCACCCCAACUGCCAACCGUAUUUCACCCAUAUCCAGCAUCAUUACAAGGUUAUCCUGCUCAAAGCUAUGAUUAUGGCACACCUGAUGACCGACUCUAUUCAAUAGCAGCCGCCUCAUUUUUACAACAAACAGGAAAUUAUCAGCCCUCACAACAGCAAUCACAACAAUCACAAAAUCAACAACUAAAUAAGACUCCAAGUAUUCCACCUGGUAUUAGUUUGCCUCCAACAGCGUAUCAAAUGCCACCCCAACUGCCAACCGUAUUUCACCCAUAUCCAGCAUCAUUACAAGGUUAUCCUGCUCAAAGCUAUGAUUAUGGCACACCUGAUGACCGACUCUAUUCAAUAGCAGCCGCCUCAUUUUUACAACAAACAGGAAAUUAUCAGCCCUCACAACAGCAAUCACCAUCUCAAGCACAAGCCGUUGCACCUAUUACACAAGCACCCACAUAUCAUGGUGGCUCAGUGACACCUCCUGUGACUGUCACAGGCGAUGCUAAAACAUUAAAUUAUACAACACGUGAUCCCACAAUAAUUCAGAAUGCAUCUGCUCUCGCUCAGCAAAUGACGCUGCUGCCACAGUAUCCACAACCAGCUACUGCAAGUUACGGGUUUAUGUUGCCAGCUGGUUUAUAUAAUCAACCUCAAAAAGAACAGCAACUUGAUUAUACAAAUUAUACUAUGCGUCCAUCAACGACAACAAAUCAACAACGAACAAAUGCCGAUAUGCUAAAACAAGGACAAACUAGAGUUGUUGCGCUGGAUAUGUCAUCUGUAAAUUACCAUCAAGGUGGUGGCGGUACACAGACACCACCUCCUGUUCAACAAGCACAGUACUUAUAUGCAACGAUGGCUCCUCAUACACCUACGCCACAACAACAACAAAUGCAACAGACUGCUUCACAACAAAAUCAACAACAAGCGACUCAGCAU